AUGGACAUUCGAACGUUUUUCAAAAAACCACGGCUAGAAAAUGAUGAGAUAGAAAAUAGUUUUAAUAACCAGUCACAACCAAUUGAAYCAGCGAGAAAUGCAUCUCCAGAAACAAAUGUAUCAGUGUCACUUCCAGAGAUUGUGCACCAACAUGACAUAGGAUUAUAUGUGAAUAAACCUGCAACUGAAACUAUUGACUUGUUUCCGGGACUUCAAAAUUUGAUUUGGACUCCUCCAGAAGACUAUAAAUUUCCUGUUUCCGAAAAAAGAAAUUUCAAAUUUCAAAGAAGUUGGUUGCUUAAAUAUAAAUGGUUGGCUUAUUCAGCAAUUAUGAAUGGCGUAUUUUGUAAGUAUUGUGUGUUGUUUUCUGUCGGAGGUGGAGGAAUUGGACAUCAAAAGUUGGGACUGUUAGUUAAAAAACCGUUUACAAACUGGRAAAAAGCUUUAGAAUCAUUUAGUUACCAUAACUCACUAGAGUAUCAUAAAACUUCAUUAUUAAAAUCAAAUAUGAGAGCAGAAAUUGAUAACCAAAACAUUUUACCAGUUGAUUUACAAAUUUCGGAACAACAAUUAAAUUUCAUUAAUGAAAGUAAAAAAUGUUUGAUACCUAUAAUCGAAACUUUAAUAUUAUGUGGCCGGCAGGGUUUGGCCCUUCGUGGUUCAAAUGAUUCAGGGAGAAUAACCUCCGAAGAACCUUUAACUAACGAUGGUAAUUUUCGGGCUCUUUUAAGAUAUCGAGCAAAAACUGACGAUCAGCUUAAUACUUUUUUGCAAAAUUCCUCAAAAAAUGCCAUGUAUAUCAGUAACCGUAUACAAAACGAAUUUAUUGUCAUAUUUCAUAAUUUAAUUCAAAAACAGAUUAUUGAACGAGUCAAUAAAUCUCAAGCUUUUUCAGUAACAGCAGAUGAAACUGCCGAUAUUGCUGGCAUAGAACAAGUCUCAAUAUGUGUAAGGUAUUUAAAUAAUGAUGACGCUAAAUUAAAAAUACGUGAAGAUUUUUUAAGCUUUGUACCUGUAGCAGAUGUAACUGGGAAAGGUUUAUCAAAUGUUAUUUUGGAUUUCCUURAAUAUUCUGGAAUUGACUGUGCGUAUUUAUUUGGACAAGGGUAUGACGGGGCUAGUACUAUGAGUGGUGAAUUUCACGGAGUUCAAGCGUAUAUCAGAGAAAAGUAUCAUUUAGCUCUCUACUCACACUGUGCUGCCCAUAGUUUCAAUUUGGCAAAAAAAAAACUUAAAAAAUACUGCGCAACAAGGUGGGUACAGCAGCAUGAAUCAAUUGGAACCUAUAUAGAUUUACAACCAGCUGUUAUUGACGCCUUAGAAAACAUUUCAAGUACUUGGACAGAUUCAAAAACAACAUCCGGAUCUUUUCAACUCYUUUCAGCAAUAAAAACCUUAGAGUUUCAAGUAUCAAUUCACGUUUUGCAUUCAGUACAUGCAUUGGCUUUAUCAUUGAGUAGAGUUUUACAAACAGAAAAUCAAGAUUUGGYUGAGGCUGUUAAGUUAGCAGAUGCAGCAAAACACGAACUUGAAGAAAGAAGACAAUAUUCUACAGAAAACUUCAACAAAAUUUUUGUGACUGUAGAAGAUAUUU